GUCAGUCAUAAGAAAUAUGGGGACAGUGGUACAAGCCCGGUCCAGUGUCCUAGUCUGGAUGGCCUGUCUACUUCUGGCAUGUCCUGGAUCCAAAGUCACUCAGCCUGAAGUGGAUACCCCUCUGGGUCGCGUGAGAGGCCGACAGGUGGGUGUGAAGGGCACAGAGCGGCUGGUGAACGUCUUCCUGGGCAUUCCCUUUGCUCAGGCACCACUAGGCUCCCUGCGGUUCUCAGCCCCACUCCCGCCACAGCCCUGGGAAGGCGUGAGAGAUGCCAGCACCAAUCCCCCAAUGUGCAUGCAGGACGUAGAGAGAACAAGGAACAGCAGAUUCACCCUCAACCAAAACUUUCAGAUCUUCUCUAUUUCCGAGGAUUGCCUGAUCCUCAAUGUCUACAGCCCCGCUGAGACCACUGCAGGGGCCAGACUGCCGGUCAUGGUAUGGAUCCAUGGGGGCUCUCUGGUCGUUGGCUCCGCCACCUCCCAUGAUGGAUCAGCCCUGGCUGCCUAUGGGAAUGUGGUAAUAGUCACUGUCCAGUACCGUCUCGGCAUCUUUGGCUUCCUCAGCACCGGAGACAAGCACAUGCCUGGCAACCGAGGCCUCCUCGAUGUGGUGGCCGCUCUACGCUGGGUGCAGGGAAACAUAGCCUCCUUUGGGGGUGAUCCCAACUGCGUCACUAUCUUCGGUAAUUCUGCUGGUGGCAUGAUCGUCUCAUCCCUGGUCCUGUCUCCAAUGUCUGCAGGGUUAUUUCACAGAGCCAUAUCCCAGAGUGGGAUUAUUACCAACAAGAUAUUGAAGGAGAUAAACCCAUGGCCUGAAGCUCAGACCUUAGCCAACUCCUUGGGCUGCAGCUCCGUAUCCUCAGCAGAGCUGGUGCAGUGUCUGCUACAGAAGGAAGGAAAGGACCUUAACAAUCAGAAAAACGUGAAAGUUUCCUACAUAAGCAAUGACUCCUUCUUCCCACAAAGCCCAGAGAAGCUCCUAACAGAGAAGAAAUUCCCCACUGUUCCCUACCUCCUGGGAGUCAACAAUCAUGAGAUUGGCUGGCUCAUGCUCAAGGUCUGGAAUGUCCUGGAGAAGUUGGAACACUUGAGCCGGGAGGAGCUGCUGGAGAUUUCAAGGCCCUUUCUGACCAGUGUGGAGGUGCCCCCUGAGAUUAUGCCCAUCGUCAUAGAUGAGUACCUAGACCAUGGCUCAGAUGCACCAGCCAUGAGGUAUGCCUUCCAGGAACUGGUGGGUGAUAUCGCAUUCAUCAUUCCUACCUUGAUCUUCUCAAAACACCUCCAAGAUGCUGGGUCCCCUGUCUUCUUGUACGAGUUCCAGCAUACCCCCAGUUCCUUUGCGAAGUUCAAGCCGUCCUGGGUAAAGGCUGACCAUGGGUCUGAGAGUCCCUUUGUCCUUGGAGGUCCUUUCCUCACAGAUGAGAGCAACUUCCUGGCCUUCCCAGAGGCCACAGAGGAAGAGAAACAGCUGAGCCUCACCAUGAUGGCCCAAUGGACCCAGUUUGCACACACAGGGAACCCCAAUGGCAAGGGGUUGCCCUCUUGGCCCCAGUUAAACCAGUUAGAACAAUACUUGGAGAUUGGCCUACAGCCGCGGAUUGGGGCGAAACUAAAGAAGAACCGGCUACAGUUCUGGACAGAGACACUGCCCAGAAAAAUCCAAGAGUGGCACCAACAACAGAAGAGCAGGAAAGUGCCAGAGGAACUCUGAGGCGGGGCCUGCCUGGACCUUCCUCACUGGGGCCAAUCCAAAGAGUGGUGGAGUCCCAGGAGGACAGCCUCUUUCUGUUUCUACCCGGACACUUUAACCUGGACCAGGCUGAUGCGAACACACAAUCCUUAAGGCAUGAGCCUCUGCAGGACAGGCAUGGUGCACUAGUGAAAUGUCACCACACUGGUUUCUACCUCAGGACCCUUGCACAAGCUCCUGCUUUUUCCUGAGGUGUCUUGAAUCCUUGCUCCACGGCAAGGUCCAGCACAUCAGUCAAGCUCUUCAGAGGAUCUGUUCUCCUGGGAAAGCUCCUCUGCCUCCUCUAGGCCAUGUGUGCCUGUUAGAACCCAGCCUACCACAAGCUCACAACAGCCACGGCUGUGUCCUUGUCCCUCCCAGAGGAGGUCUCUGAAAAGAGAAGUUGAUAACCUCACUCUGUCACCACAGUAAGAUUGGCAGGAUCUGGAGGCAGGGAAUGUUUCAUAAAUGAAUGACAGACAGAAUCUAUGAUCAUGGGUUCUAGAUUUGAACCCGGACCCUUCUUCAGGCACCAAAAUCAAUGUCCCAUCCCCAACAAAUGUCCACCCUGGCCAGGAAGGUGACCUCUGAAGGUGGAGGUCUUGGGGCACAGGGGGCCCUAGCUUCGAACUGAAAGACCACCAGUGUGGGGAGACUCUCACUCAAGUCUCAGGAUAACACUGAAAGACCCUACAGACCCCCCCCCCUCAGAACCCGCAGCUAGCAUGCUCCCGUGAGAACGUCCUGUUUGUUUGAAAGAUUUUCAGGACCUGCAGCUAGCCAGCUCUCAUGAGAACAUCCCAUUUGCUUAGGAAAACAGGAUACCUGUAGUCAACACUGUUGUUCUUUUGGAAAACUACAACUCCCAUGCUCCCCCUGGACUACGGAUACC